AAUUUUACAAAGAGAUAUCAAACAAGAGAUUUUUAAUAGUAGAAUUUUUUUUAUAAUUUGUUGUUUAUAAGCUAAGUUCUUCUACUGUCUUUUGAUCACUGCCCGACUGCCCCUGCAUCUUUCUUCAUAUCCCCAACAUACAAAUUUAGGCUUGGUUUUGCAUGAGAAAACAUUAUCAAGGGGAAAAAAUGAUGCCCUCUUAGCUAUCACUGUUUGCAUCUCAAUGAUAUGAUGGAAUUAGCCAGUAGAGUGGGGUACUAUGAAGAGACAGUGAGUUGUCUUCUGAUAUCUUUAUCAGAAUCAGGAGAAUCUUUUUACCAGUUUUUCUUAAUGUUGGUGAAACCAGUAGAAUGAGCACUAAAUAAACCAACAAGUGCAUGCAAUAUAAUUCCAAAGAUAUCAUGUAUGUCUUUCCUUUAUAACUAUAUUUCCCUUGGAGAGUACUAAGUCAAUGGCAUAUACACUGAUCACUAAGAUGUAAGUAUUGUUACUACUUAAGCUGAGUCUUAUGGUUCUUAUUGCAAGAUUUUUCUGCAAGUUGAGACUCGAGAUCAUCCUGUAAGUAUUUUCAUAGAUAUAGUGACGCAGUGAGCGUUUUAGGUAGGGGAACAGCACAAAGCCAAGUUACAGCAGAGGACCACUUGAUGAAGUUCCUGAACAUAGGCCCUUUUUUUUUCCCGAACACCAACCGUGUAAACUGGUUCAGAUGUUCAGGUCCGUAGUGAUCAACGUGGAAACUAUACCAGAUGUCAAGAUCAUUUGCGGUUACACUAGGCGGAACAGGAGGAGCAGUAGUAUUAUUGGGAAUACUCAUUGGGGUUGUAUGGUUUUAUAUGUUACAGCGUAGAAAGCAUUUAAACAAGAACUCAGACACAGGUUCUUCAGAUCCAUCGGCAAUAGUCGAGGUAAAAGGAAGAGGUCCACACAGUUCUUCUGUAACACCACCUCUUAUGGGGCAACAUGAAGCAAGGCAGUUCAUGACAGAAGAGUUGGAGCAAGCUACAAAUUACUUUGAUGAGAAAAACCUCAUCGGAUGUGGAAGAUUGGGUCAGGUUUAUAAAGGAUUGCUUCAGGAUGGGACUAUCGUGGCUAUUAAAAGACGUGCAGGCAUCCCUCAGCAAGAAUUUGUUGAAGAGGUAGCCUACUUAUCAGGGAUUUCACACCGAAACCUAGUUUCUCUUCUAGGCUAUUGCCAGGACUGUGGAUACCAAAUGAUAGUAUCUGAAUAUCUACCUAAUGGCAGCAUGUGCAGCCAUUUAUAUGCAACCGGGAAAGAUUCAGCAUCAAAACUGGAGUUCAAGCAGAGGUUGUCAAUAGCUCUUGGGGCAGCUAAAGGUUUGAGCCAUUUGCAUAGCCAACAAACUCCAAUGGUGCAUGGUAGCUUUAAAACAUCAAACGUUUUGGUAGAUGAAAACUUCAUUGCCAAAGUUGCGGAUGCAGGAGUUUCCAGACUAUUACGAAAAAUUGAAGAUGCGGGUCCAUCUCACUCAGCAAGAACCAACGUUUACGAAGAUCCCGAGACAGCCCAAAUGGGGAUUUGUACCAAGAUGAGCGAUGUCUACAGCUUUGGGGUCUUUCUUUUGGAGCUUUUAAUAGGACAGGAGGCUUCACAUAUUGAUUCCUUUGGAUCAGAUGGAAGUAUACUUCAAUGGGUGGAGACACACCUGAACUCAAACGAUAUGAUGGAUCAUCGGCUAGGAGGAAGCUUCACCACUGAGGGCAUAAAGGAUUUUAUCAGAUUAACGCUACGAUGCAUGGCACCUCUAGGAAAAGGAAGACCUAACAUGCAAGUGGUUGUUUUAGAGCUUGAUAGGAUUCUUGAGAAGGAGAUCACACUCACAACGGUGACAGGUGAAGGGAGCGCUCAAGUUACUCUAGGAAGCCAACUGUUUACUGCAAUAUAAGAAAUAUAUAGCAGGAAAGAGGCUCCCCGGGUAAUUAGUUGGGUCGGCAACUAGCUAAUACUAACUUAAGUCAUAACAUUCUCUACCAUUGGCACUGCUGCAAAAACUAAAAUGUCGUUGUACAUCUUAUCCAAUGUAUUUCAAAUCAUCACUCUAACGACAACACACAAUGACAGUUUUUCAUGUUUUGCAGAUUUAUAUUUUUAUCUUGAACAUC